AUGAAUCGGAAGUCUAAGAAGCUCCUCGGCAAGGAGAUGAUGACGGAGACGAUGAUGUGCCUGCAAGUGUUGGCGCAGCUCCCAAGCGAGAUUUGGACAUCUUUGAUUGAGCUCACGGAGGAAGCGCUCACCGCCGAAAAGGUCGAGGUGGCGCUGAACAAGCUGUUUGGUGGCCGAUCCCGGAAGCAGAUCACGGGAAACGGCGAUGCGACAACGGUGGCGCGCAUAAGCCAUGCCAAGAGUGAGCGUGCUUGUUUCGGCCAAGGAUAUCAGAAGGCGCAAUGCGAGCGCAUGAAGGCCGACCGCGACCCAAACUGUGAAGGGGGACCGCUUUUCCGCACCAACGUGCAAGCCCAACUUUCCAAGCGGGCGCCCAACGGGACUAAGAAUAUUGCCACGAUGCAGCACGUUGCCAAGAAGCAAAGGACGACGCGUGACGCACCCACGGACGUCGAGAUGGAAGGAGCGUUCAAGCUACCCGAGUCGGAAAAGGCCAGAUCGGAAGACGAGAAUGGAGGCGGUCUGCUGAGUUUCGGUCAAGUCGACACCAGGUUUCGGAUGGUCUGUGGAUUGUUGAUACAGCAGCUGGACUAG